UUGAACUGGAAUCGAAUGACUCAUCGACCGAAGUAAACAUAAAAAAGAUAACAACCUCGGGUAUGUAUGUACGAGGCGGAGAAACAGGAAAGCGAAAGCACUCUCGCUCUCAUAACAUGUCUGUGCUGCUAGAAAACGUGACCAACUGUUUGUGGCACGCAUUCUCUUCCCUACAACAGGAUAAAAGCGGGCUCGUUAAUAAAUCAAAAUUGAAGGUAAAUCCAUUUUAAGAACCCCAUCUUUUAAUCAAACCGAGAACUAAUCAAUUUAAGGGUGGUUUCUUAAUUAAAUCGAAACAGGUGGUUUUCUUAACAUUACUCAUCUUUAAUUUCAUCCUAUUCGUUAACAACAAAAUUGAGUUAACAAGGAAAUGGAACGAGGAAGGUUUUAAAACGAUAAAAAAAUGUUUAUGUUGAUUAAUGAAUAAUUAAAUGAAUCACGUUUACCUUGUCUUAACGGCGAAUAUUGGAACCCUUUUGGAUCUAUACGGAGUCGAACGAGGAUUGGAACAUUACAAAAACACAGCGACGUUAGAUUUUGAUCAAUUAAAACAUUAUUUACAACAUGAAGUAUUUUCCUCCCUUCCGGAUAAACUCCCUUUACCGGAACUUCGAAAUUAUGAAUCAAAAAUCGCCGAAAUCUGCUGGCUAAUUUGCCACAAAAACCACACUUGCUCAAAUGAAUCGUUUCAAGGUUGCCUAUUCAUGAUUUUUAGAAUUUUUUGUUUACUCGCUGAAAUUAAUCGAGAACAGAAUACGAAAAAUUGUUACCAAGUUCUUUUACAUCCAACGGAAGCUUGUUAUUUGGCUCAAAGUUUGGCACAUUCUCUGGGGAGUGUUUUCGAUGAGGAAGAUUUUAAUAAUUUAAGCGUUUCAAUGGGGGGGUUUCGAUUAAAUCCUUUUAUUGCCGUUUUAGAGUCACGGUGUUUAAACGAAAUUAAAGAUCGAGCUGCAAUUGAAGAAGCUGUAACUGAUAUUUACCACACCUUCGUUGAAGAUGUCAUUAAAAAAGGGUUUUUGUAUAAAAAAGGUUACAUUUUCCCAACGAUGAAAGAAUAUUGGUUUGUGUUGAGACCAUCGGAAUUAACUUACUAUAAAACUAGAUCCGAGCGAGAUAAAUCAGGCUCGUUAACCAUCGAAUCAACCUGCAAAAUUGAGCCUAAAAAUGGUUAUAAAAUCACUCUUCAAUGUUCCGAGAGGAAUUUCGAAUUAGAAGCGAGUAAUCACAUGACACGGCUCCAAUGGAUUUCGGCACUUCAAUUAGCAAUCGAGCACUCAUCAAGCGGGCAAUCUUACCAAAGGGUACAAGCCACUAAAAGGAAACAAAUUCGGCAAGGGAGACUCCAAGAAAUGUUACGGGCCAAAGCUUUACUUCAAUUAGAAAGAAACGCCAGACAAGUCGCUGAGGGGCAAGCUAAAGAACUCGAAGCAGUCGUUAAGGAAGAAACGAAAAAAUUAAACGAACUAGAACAAAUAAAAGAUAAAUUAGAAAAACUUUUGGAAGAAGAAACUCAAGCUAAAAGAGACGAAGAAAUCGUCCGGGCGUUACAAGCGCGAGUUUUAGCGGAAGAAUGGGAUAAAAGGGAAGAAUUGGAACGACUACAAGAAGAACAGCGGGUUUUAUUAGAUGAAGAAAGGGGGAAACGAAUCGAAUUCGAAGAAAAACAAAAAGAUAAAGAGCUACAACUUAAAGCUGCGGAAGAACUUUUACAUCAAUUAGAAACCGAAAGAAAGAUGUUGGAUGAGCAAUUAAAAAUGGCCCACAAUAAAAUUCAAGUUUCCGAGGAGACGAAAGAAAUUUUAGAGUCGAAAUUGAUGCAAUUUAUUCCGCUGAGGGAUGGUGACCGGAUACGGAGGGCCCAUUCUUUUAUGCCGAGCACGAAAGAUCGUCCGAUUUCGUUUGAAGUUCGCGCGGCGACGCUUCGGAGGCCGUCGAAACAAUAACAAGUAAUUAAUUAAAUCUGAUAAUUCUUUUUAUCUAAA